AUGGGACUCGGCGCGCGAGGUACGUGGGCCGCGCUGCUCCUGGGGACGCUGCAGGUGCUGGCGCUGCUGGGGACCGCCCUGGAUGAGUACAGCGCAACCUCGGCCGCAUCUGCAAACAUAGAGAAUUCUGUGCCUCCACACAACUCUAGUGCUAACUCAACAGAGACUCUCCAACACGUGCCUUCUGACCAUGCAAAUGAAACUUCCAACAGCACUAUGAAACUACCAAAACUACCAACUCCAGCUGCCUCAGUCCCCAGCAAUAAGACAGUCACCACCAUGAAACCCACAGCAGCAGCUAAUACGACAACACCAAGGAUGGUCUCAACAAAUACGACUGCCACCUUCAAGUCUACACCCAAAACAAGUGUUUCACAGAACACAUCUCUUAUAGCAACAUCCACCAUGACCAUAGCCCACAAUAGUUCAGUGACAUCUGUUUCUUCAUCAGUAACAAUUACAGCAACUAUGCAUUCUGAAGCAAAGAAAGGAUCCAGAUUUGAUACUGGGAGCUUUGUUGGUGGUAUUGUAUUAAUGCUGGGAGUUUUAUCUAUUCUUUACAUUGGAUGCAAAAUGUACUACUCAAGAAGAGGCAUUCGGUAUAGAACCAUAGAUGAACAUGACACCAUCAUUUAAGGAAAUCAUGGACCAAGGAAGGAAGACAGAUUGAUGCAGCCCUAUCAAUUAAUUUUGGUUUAUUAA